AUGCCAGCAACCUACAGCACAACAAGACUCAACAACCUCGACUGUCAAAUGAGACAUUACGCCGGAGCCUACACUCGAGAGACGAUCAGAAGGAUUGCCCAACAGCUCAGCGAUGAUCUCAGGUUCAGAGGCUCUGCUGCUCGGCUCGAGGUUGCGAUCGAAGCAGGCGGCUGUGACGGCAAACACAAUGACUGCUUCUAUGACUGUCUCAAAGCCUCUUAUCCAGAGAAGGUGACCAAGCACUUUAGCAAGCCAUGGAUCUUCAAGCGAUUCUUCAAGUUGGAGCGCGAUGCCAAGGUGCCUCUCAAGCUCAGGUCAGCGAUCGAGGACAAGCUCAAGAUGCGCAUCAAUGUCAAAGGUGAUUACUGCAAGACAUCAACCAAGAACUACGUCAGAGUCGUCAAUCUCAAACUAACCAAGGAGCACUACACUCUAGACAAGGAGGGAGCCUUUGAGCCCAAGGGCAUCAUCCUCAAGCGAUACAACGAUGACAGAAUACUGCCAGUAGUGGCAUACAAGUGGGACGAUGACAACGAUCAGGUUCAGCUCUACGAUGGCACGUCUCACAUCACGAUGAGCAAGGCGGCACUCAUCGAGGAGCUCAAGAAACAAAAGUUCGACGGCAAGUGUCGAUACAUCAAGGUGGAGGCCGCCCUCAACCUAUUCAGCAAGUACAACAAGCAUGUCAUUCCAGAUAUCAUCGAACAAGAGGAAGCCAAGUGGAUAGCCAAGGCAUCGAAUGGACCAUUGAGGUUCGCCGACACAUACACUGGCCCUCUCUACAAGUACGACGUCUCUGGCAUGUAUGCCGCCAUCAUGAAGAGCAGCAGCUUCUCAGUGCCGAUCAAGAAAGGCGAGUUCCAUCAACUGACUGACGUGGAGCUCAGUGCCAAGCCAGGCAUCCCCUUUGGCAUCUACAGGGCGAUCAUCAAAGGUGAGCACAGAGCAUUCAGACCCAGCGAGGACAACUAUUAUACUCACUACGACCUCACCUUUGCGCAGGAGCUAGGACUCACGUUCAACCUGAUCAACGACAACAAGCACAAUGCCUUGCUCUAUCCUACUGGCAGAGUCAAUGGAAACAUGCUGUUCGGCAAGUUCAUCGAUCAGGUGCUCGACUGGAAGAAAGCAGGUGUGCCACGCGCCAAGGAGCUCUAUCAACGUCUCUGGGGCGCUCUCUCCAAAUACAACAAGAGCAAAGAGUAUGUCAACAUCAAGGCAGAGAGGAAUGUUGUCGUCGACAAGGAGCUCGGCAUCACUGACGUUUACUUCAAGGCCAGUCUCCCAGAGAAUCACUCGGUCGACGCUAUGAACAUCACGCACAACGGCAACGUCAUGGUCAAGUCAAUCAACAACCUCGACACGUUCGACACGCCAUUCGCUCGCAUCAUGCCAUUCAUCAUAUCUCGUGGUCGCAAGAUGAUUGGAACGAUAAUAAAGGACGACAUUGACUGUAUCAAGCGCGUGCACACCGAUGGAUUCGUCUCGACCAAGCCAUGGACUGUCAAGACUGGCAAGAAGUCAUUGGAUUACCCCAAGUUGGGCAAGGAGUGUGGCGACCUGCGCUACGAGGGCUACUGCCCCGACGCCAUUGUCAAGAAUAUGGCCAAGGUCGAGGGAACGUUCAUUGUUUAA